AUGUCGACCUACUUCACUCCAGAAAUGGCAGACGUCUCUAACCAAUUAUGGGCCGUAACAUCCGCUGUAGGGGCUGGCCUCUGCUUCUUUGUGCUCGUGGUCAUCGGUGCCCUGUAUACCCAUCCAGCUUCAAGGGCGCAUCUGGAUCGCGUUAGCUUUCGACUCAUGCUCUACUCCCUGAUAGCCAACAUGGUGUUUGGGGUUGUGAGCGCUAUCGGCGGGACCUUGACAGGACCCAGCACUGGAUGUGGGCUCUCUAUCUUCCUCUUGCAGCUUACACUCGAAAUGUCCAGCUUCCUACUAUUCUGCAUCGCGCUCAACCUACAGCUCGUUGUCGCACACGGAGUGCGCGGGAAGCAUCUUGAAAAAUACUACGUUGCAUGCUCGAUCGUCAUGGCUCUCGCAAUCACGAUACCACCGUAUGCUGCAGGACAGUACGGCUGGGAUCCGUUGGUCAAAGAUUGUUGGUACACCAACGACAAUCAGCAGCAGCGCCUUGCAUGGCAGAUCGGCACACAGCUUAUCUGGACGGGACUGACGGUCGCGGGAGAGGUAGUGACUGCGUGCGCUGUGACUACCUAUAUGCUUAGAGUGCAUUAUCGCCAAAAGAACAUCAUAUCAGCAGUAACUGCGUCAAGUUCAAGCAUGGCCUCCUUGAAACCAAUGUCCAUCCACGCUCAUACCUAUGCAAACGUGAUUAUCCGCAUCGCACUGUACCCAUUUGCCUCGUGCGUCAUAAACCUGACGAGUAUUGUAUGUGUCAUACACGCAACAUCAACAAACGGCAUUCAAAACGCCAAUGACUAUCGCAUCUUACUCCUCAGCGACUUCCUGUAUGGCGGUCGUGCGGUAGUCUACGCGCUUCUUGCGGGUACAGAUCCAGCACUGAUUCGCGCAAUCCGUGUCUUUGUCGCACAUCAUAUGAAUUGGCAGUGGGGAAGCACAUCCACCAUGAUAUCGCAUAUAGCUGGAGGUGCACGUACGGGCUCCUCCCGAUCGCGUCGAGAGGAUCUUACGGUACAGGUUGAGCUCUCGACAAUCGUCGCCAGCGACUACGCGGAUAGCGGAUCCAGGGCCAGCGCCGGAACUGACAGUAAGGUCAGAGACAUGAAGGUUGUACGAGACGGGAUCUCCGUGGACCAUCUAUCCGAGAGCGUUGGAGAAGACGCCCAGCUUCCAUCGCCCGUCAUGGACAAGAUGGAGCGAGGGGCGUUCAGUGACUUGGAAGGUAGAGCGAAUGCAGACGGAUCAUCCCUUGGCCCGCCGAGACCCAUUGCGUUUGAGAUAACCGCGCCAAUCACCCCAUUAACGCAAAGAAUGCAGCAUCGGCGAGAAGAAAUGGCGCGGGAGCAAGCUGAGGAGGAUGAAUUCAUGAGGAUCAUCUGA